AUGCCCUCCAACCCCCACCCCACCUCGCUUCCCAUCCUUGUUCCUUCCACCUCCAGCCCAGGUCGCCCCACCACCAUCAGCAAGGGCUCCCGCCUCUCCUCACAGGGCUCUUUCCCUGCGACCUCAGCCUCCAGUCAGAAAAUGGCAACCGUCCAUGAAGGCGACCCAGCCGACAGCCCCAUCGCCCGCAUGGGUCCGCAGAACUGCUCUCAGCCACGCCUGGAACCCCGGGUUACCUUCAGGCCUGACGUCUUGCUCUCUGAAUGGUACCAGAGCGCCGCAAGAGCAGCCCACAGAAAGGCAGCCAUUGCUGCAGCUCCGCGCUUCACCUGUGGCCAGACCAACGGUCCGGCCCCGCCAUUGGCUGGUGCUGCAGUGGGCCACGCCCACAAGCAACCCGCUGUUAACGAGGGGCCCCUAAUGAGGUGA